CUCCGCCACAUUUAAUUCUCCCUUUGAGCCGGUAUCGAUCAUCCUCUCCGCCCUACCGCAAAUCCUGAAACUCUCUCCCCAAUAUAAAGAAUGCUUUCCUCAUCGAAAGAGAUAAAUGCAUGGUCCUACGUGGCGAAUAUUGUGAGCUGCAGCGACCUUUGACCGCUUCUACAAUUUGGUCAUCUCACCGCCGCAUCUUGCAUCUUCGUGGGACGGCACGAUAUGCCUCCGCAGACUGCAACUACACUGUAGUAUUCCUGGUCCUUCGAUGGACGAUAGACUACCACUUCGCAGUGUAUUUCAUUAUCUACAGGUGAAACUGAAUCGGGCAACAUGACUCCUCCUUCUACUUCUCAUCAUACCGCCGGCCCUUCGUCCGCCCAUGACUCUAGCACCUUUCCUCAUCGUCGAUCCUCCUCGUCGACGCGGAGAAAGCCAUGGCAAUAUUCCCAUCAGGCGUCAUUCCACUCGAAUCGCUCGGCCCCAGAUGCUGAGGAAGUUCGACGUCUCUCUGAGCAUGUCACGCGCCAAUCGACUCGAACGUCACACCGUCGAGUUGCAAAAUGGUACAAGAUUCGUUGGUUCAAAGGCGUGCUGGAUGAUAUCAGGAGGAGGGCACCAUAUUACUGGAGCGAUUGGAGUGAUGCUUGGGAUUAUAGAGUUGUCCCUGCGACUGUGUAUAUGUAUUUUGCAAACAUCCUCCCCGCCCUAGCCUUCUCUCUCGACAUGUUCACCAAAACCGAUAAUUCUUAUGGCGUCAACGAAGUCCUAUUAGCUUCAGUCCUCGGCUGUGUCGUCUUUGCUUGUCUCGCAGCCCAACCACUAGUCAUCGUCGGCGUAACUGGCCCCAUUACCGUCUUUUCCUACACCGUCUACGACAUCGUCACACCCCGUGGAACCGACUUCUUCGCCUUUAUGGCCUGGAUUGGAAUCUGGUCCUUGAUCAUGCACUGGAUCCUCGCCAUUACCAACAGUUGCAACGCCCUGACCUACAUCACCAGAUUCAGCUGCGAUACCUUUGGCUUCUACGUCGCAUUCAUCUAUCUUCAAAAAGGUAUCCAAGUCUUGACCCGACAAUGGGAAUUGGCUGCUUCCGACAGUGCAUAUGUCUCCAUCAUGGUCAGUCUCCUCGUUCUUGGAUUCGCAUACGGAUGUGGCCUUAUUGGAGAAAGCAACCUUUUCCAACGCCAUGUGAGGAAAUUCAUCGAGGAUUAUGGCACGCCUUUGACGAUUAUUUUCUUUACUGGAUUCGUUCAUAUUGGACAUAUGAGGGAUGUGGUCAUUGAGACUUUGCCAACGAGUAAGGCAUUCCUUCCAACGACGGAUCGUGGUUGGUUGGUCCAUUUCUGGAAUAUGAGUGUCGGUGAUGUAUUCCUGGCGAUGCCGUUUGCCAUUCUCCUGACGAUAUUGUUCUGGUUCGAUCAUAACGUCUCCUCCCUCAUCGCCCAAGGCACCGAAUUCCCGCUCCGCAAACCCCCCGGUUUCCACUGGGACAUAUUCCUCCUUGGCCUGACCACCGGCAUCGCCGGUCUCCUCGGCAUACCAUUCCCCAACGGCCUCAUCCCGCAAGCCCCCUUCCAUACUCAAUCCCUGUGCGUGACUCGACAAGUCGUCGACGAAAAAUCAUCCGGUCAUCUCAUCCGAGUCACAGACCACGUGGUGGAACAACGAGUCUCCAACCUCGCCCAAGGCCUUCUUUUCCUCGUCACCAUGACCGGCCCAUUACUAAUUGUUCUGCACCUCAUUCCACAGGGUGUUCUCGCCGGUCUGUUCUUCGUGAUGGGCAUGCAAGCACUCGUCGGCAAUGGAGUGACGCAGAAAAUAUUGUAUCUCCUGCGAGAUAAGGAAUUGACUAGUUCAUCGGAUCCGCUUGCGCGAUUAGAUCGACAGAGUUCGAUUUGGGUUUUUGUGUCGUUGGAGUUGAUUGGUUUUGGUGCCACGUUUGCAAUUUCGCAGACGAUUGCGGCGAUUGGGUUUCCGGUUUUUAUUAUUUUGCUGAUUCCCUUGCGGACCUGGUUGAUGCCCAAGUGGUUUCGAGAGGAGGAGUUGAAGGCGUUGGAUGCGCCGACGGCGGGUCCGUUUGUGAUGGAAAGUGUGGGUGGGGCGUAUGGUGAGAGUGGGACGACGACGCCAGGGUCAGAUGACAAUGGUGAUGAUGAGAUUGCUGUGGUGGAGGAUUCGUUGGAGAGGGGUGAGAGCUAUGAGUUGAGUACGACUUCUGGACCUGAACGGACAGCGAGUCGAUUAGAUGGCAAUGCUGGGAUGAGAAGGAGGAGUCGAGGUUCGUUACAUCAAUGAAUGAAGACUUCAGGAUUCGUUGAUUGGACUAUGCUUGGAGGUAGAUUCAAGCUGAAUGGGUUGGAUAUACACAAUCUGGAAAGACCGAGCGCAGAGGACAAAACUAGAGAGAAAGAAAAGAGAGAGGAUUCGUAGAUAUGAGAAGUGCCACAUUUUGGCAGAGGGAUAAACAGAUCGCUGCAUAUAUGAAAACAGAUUUGAGCAAAUGCUAAAGAGAAA